UGGAGCCGAAAAGUACUUACUUAAAAACAAAGGAGGAGCUAAAGGAACCCCAAACUUCCCGGUUUCUCGAAUUGAUUGCAUGAGACGAUACAAGUACAUACCAUCAACGCCACGAACCUCACCGCUCCUAUUUCUUAAGCGACACCCUUUUCAUGGUCGACCUUCUUUUCUUUGAUUUUUACCUCUGAGCUUCCACCCCUGAAGUUGAAGAUCCCAUCCCUCCUUGAAUCUGUCAGGGAAACAUCUAUUAAAGCUAUGAGUGCUGCAUUGAAGAAAUCCUCUUCAAAUGGCUCUGAUAAGUCUGUAACAACUGAAGAGCAGAAUGCAAAGAUUAGUGAGAUAAGAAAGUUGAUAGGUCCAUUGCCUGAGAAGUUGGCCAUUUAUUGUUCUGAUGCAGCCCUCACAAGAUAUUUAAGGGCGCGAAACUGGAAUGUCAAGAAGGCAACUAAAAUGCUUAAAGAGACCUUAAAAUGGAGAGCAGAAUACAAACCAGAAGAGAUCCGCUGGGAAGAGGUUGCUCAUGAAGCAGAGACAGGGAAGAUCUACAGAUCAAAUUAUAUAGACAAGCAUGGAAGAACAGUUCUUGUCAUGAGACCUAGUUGCCAGAACACAAAGUCAACUAAAGGACAGAUAAGGUAUUUGGUUUAUUGCAUGGAGAAUGCAAUUUUAAAUCUUCCACCAGACAAGGAACAGAUGGUCUGGUUGAUCGAUUUCAAUGGCUACAACUUGUCACAUACAUCAGUGAAGGUGACACGGGAAACAGCACAUAUUUUACAAGACCAUUAUCCAGAGCGUCUGGGCUUGGCAAUACUAUACAACCCACCUAAGUUCUUUGAACCAUUCUGGAAGGUGGUGAAACCAUUUCUAGAACCCAAGACUCAGAACAAAGUAAAAUUUGUUUACUCUGAUGAUCCCAAUAGCAAGAAAAUAAUGGAUGAGCUUUUUGAUAUGGAGAAGCUGGAGUCUGCAUUUGGUGGAAAUGAUGAUUCGGGUUUCAACAUUAGUAAGUAUGCUGAGAGGAUGAGAGAGGAUGACAAGAGGAUGCCUGCUUUUUGGACAAGGGGAAAUCCUCAAUCCGCAGAGGCACCUGUUGAUUUGAAUUCGCUUGAUUUGAACUCGGAUUCUGAUGCUUCUGACAAUGGCAAGGUAGACAGUUCCCCUAGUCAUGUUUCUGACUCUGAAACCCUCUCUCCCAGUGAAAGUGUCAUCGUCACAAAGGGAAGUGAUAAUGACUCCACAGAAGUUCAUUAGAUAUAGAAGAGACUCGAAGCCUGAACCUGUCUUCGGUGAGGUAAUAAGGUAUACUAUAAUCUGACCAUAUGCAGCGGGUGUCGAUUGUUUCACUGUUUUAGUUAAAAAAUAUGAAGCCAAAAGUAAAUCUGCUCUCAAUUUUUAUCAUUGUCGUUUUAUACUAAAGUUUAAAUGAAUUACAUCGUUCAAUUAAUGUAAUGUAUUUGUAUCCCUGGACAAGAGAUUGCCUUGCCAAGUUACUCUUUUUACUUCUCAAUAAUUUCUCAAAACUGAUUCACUGAAGUGAAAACCUUAACUUUUAUUCUA